CUUAGCUUCCAAAAAUCACAGCCAUUAAAACUCUGCGCUUUUUCUCUUAUAAAUAUCCUCACAAUCUCUCAAAAGUCUCAACCGCCUCUCUUCUUCCUCAAAUCUACGGAAUUCCCCGAAUCUGCAAAUACCCAGAUUUCAUUUCUACCCUUUUCUGUGCCUUUUUAAAAUAAAGAACUUUGUUCUUUUAAGACUUGUGAAUGGUGGAAACACUUGGGAUCACCAGCAAUUUUAUGCUCUCCCUUUGUAGGUCAAGGGCGAGCACUCUCUUCUCUGUUUCUUCGGUCUCUAUUUUCGCUUUCGGUUCUUGCAAAGCUGCCUGGUAUUACCGCUGUCUUGGCCUUGACCCAUAAAUCUAUAACCAGGAAUCCCUCUUAAUAUCCGGUGGUCACCCCGAUUUAUUUCGGAUCUAAGCAAAGCAAAAUAAACCCGUUGUUUUUUCAUUUCGAAUAACAGUUUUUGGUGUAAUAUUCGCUCGUUUGAUCGUUUUAUUUUGGGGAAAAAAGUGAAAAUGGUACUUUACAAGCAGAAGAAGACUUGGGAUCCUAAGGGGAAUAGGAUCUUGAUUAAUAUCACUGUUUUGGGAAGUGCUGGGCCGAUCCGUUUCGUUGUUAACGAAGAAGAGCUUGUUCCUUCUGUUAUUGAAACUUCUUUGAAAGCCUAUGCUCGUGAGGGUCGUCGUCCGGUUCUUGGAUCCGACAUCAAUGAUUUCUUUCUUUUUUGCCCCAGCGCAAGCUCCGAUGCACUGAAUCCAUGGGAGACAAUUGGAUCACGAGGGGCAAGGAAUUUCAUAUUGUGCAAGAAGCCAAGAAGGGAGAAAUUGGAAGGUGAUGGAAAGCCAAGUGAAGCGGUUACCAGGAAAGGAAGCGGCAAUUGGAAGGCAUGGAUUAAUAAGUCCCUUAAUCUUAAGAUAUCUUCCCAGUAAUACAUCAUUCCCAAUCCUUUUAGUUCUUGUGUUUUCUUUUCUUUUAUGCUAAGGACUUGAAUCAUGUAUGGCCAUGUUAUAAUCUUGUUUACGUUUUUGCCUAUAUUUGUACUGCA